GCCUGUCUGUCAAACAGUCCGUUCAAUUCGGCCAUCUGGUUCUGCAGGGAGCUGACAGGAGCCUCACCCGUAGCGAAAAAUUUAGCUGCAAAUAUUUCAUAUCCGUCAUGGUACUUAUGACUUAUGCCUUCAUAUAUGCGCAUAAAGAAGUCACCUCUACAUGCUUUGCCCCGUCUGAGCGGACUGUCUGCUGAAAAAGAUCCCAGAGUGCUUUGCUCUGUUCCCUCUCACCAUGGCGACAGUAGUGAUGGAGCAGAUUGGGCGCCUGUUCAUCAACGUCCAGCAGCUUCGUCAGAUCCCCCAGCUGCUGGAGUCCGCCUUCCCCAAGCUGCCCUGCACCGUGACCGUCAACGACGUGCCCUGGGUGUUUAAGGAGUCUCACAUUCUCACGGGCUACCGGCCACCUGACCAGAGCUGGCGCUACUACUUCUUGACACUCUUCCAGAGGCACAAUGAGACGGUCAAUGUGUGGACGCACCUGCUGGCCUCUCUUAUCAUCCUGGUGAAGUUCCAGGAAGUGUCUGAAACCGUGGACUUCUUGCGAGACCCUCACGCUCAGCCACUUUUUAUUGUGCUUUUAGCCGCAUUCACUUACCUGGCCUGCAGCUCGCUGGCCCAUCUGCUUUCUGCCAAAUCUGAGCUCUCUCACUACUCUUUCUACUUCCUGGACUACGUGGGUGUGGCUGUGUAUCAGUAUGGCAGUGCCCUGGCUCACUUCUACUAUGUGGUCGAGGAGGCAUGGCACGCUCGCGUUCAAGGGUUCUUCCUGCCCGCUGCUGCAUUCCUGGCCUGGCUGUCCUGUACUGGAUGCUGCUAUGGCAAGUAUGCGAGUCCACGCCUGCCCAAGUUUGCCCACAAGUUGUUCCAGGUGGUGCCCUCAGGUCUGGCUUACUGCUUAGAUAUCAGCCCAGUGCUGCACCGCAUCUAUAGCUGCUACAGCUCCCAGCAGAGCUGCACUGACCAGGCUGUAACCUACCAUUGCUACCAGAUCCUCUUCUUCUUGGUGAGCGCCUACUUCUUCGCUUACCCACACCCGGAGUGCUGGUUCCCUGGCCGGUGCGACUUCAUUGGUCAGGGCCACCAAAUAUUUCAUGUUUUCCUUGUGCUCUGCACACUGGUGCAGAUAGAGGCAGUACGCCUCGACUACAACGAGCGGAGGCCCCUGUAUGAACGUCUCCAUGGCGACCUGGCUCACGAUGCUGUGGCACUCUUCAUCUUCACAGCGUGCUGCAGCGCCCUAACUGCAUUCUAUGUGUGCAAGCGAGUGAAAGCCUACCUCGAGGAAAAGCAGGAGUAAACGUAUUGGGAAAGGCAUAAGAACAAGACAACAUAACCCUGCUGGCCUAAAGCAGUGUUCUCACUGGUGUAGUAAGGACACUUAACAUUAUGGACCUGCUGUUGAUAAAUCACAUUUAGUGGUUAAAGUGUGAUUUGGCGGGGGGGAGGGGCGGGGGGGGGGGGGGGGUUCAAUUUUGUUUUUGUAACAUGGCCUGCCAAAAUUGUAUUGUCAAUCAGCUAUGUACUGUUUACUUACUGCAUUUAUACUUAAAAACUCUGCCUCAGAUGAAGACAGAAGAAGGAAAUAAGAGGCAUUGCACUGAUAUCUAUUCAUGCUCUGCUCUAAAGUGGUCUAAUAUUUCAGUGCCAACAAGAAGUCUUUCAUACUCUUCAUUUGCAUGAAUUUGUGAUCUAUUUUUGUGGGUGAAAAGGCAUUAUGGGCAGGACUAUAAAUAGAUGUGGACUGGCUAAAAUUAUGAUCCAGUCUUAGAAAUCUAUAUCGGAAAACAAUUUAGUGAAACCAAACGUAGCAUGCCAUCUGUGUGCUCUUCUAAAUGUUUAUGAGCACUUUCAGAAAGAAUCUGUGUGUGACUGUGUUUGUGAGAUUUGUUCAAGUUGGACUCAAACUUGAGGCUCACCUCAAUGGUGCACUAAAGGGCAUUUAGAGCAUGGAUGCUAGAGGAAAUACUAAAAGGCAUAUUUUUUCAUCCAUCAGGACCAAGAGCUCCCACAGCAUUGCUUGCAUAGUUUUAAAAGAAAGCAUGACAAGAGUCAUCCAGCUUUGGUUACAUCAUGCAUAGGCAGAAAACCACAAAGAAAGCAUCAAGUUGACUGAUGACAUACCCUUCACUGAGUGUUCUCUGUUGUCAUCUCUAAAUCUUCCCUAAUUUUAUGCGAACUGCAAUCUUUGAGUGUUUUUGUGUGCCUCCAACACUGAUGCUUGAUGUUGCCCUAACCUAAAUCUGCGUGCCUGCUUUUUUUCAGAAGGCACAUAUGCCAAAAUGUUUAAGCUUAUGAUGAAAGUGGCUGGUAGACUUUUACAUCACAGGCCAAUAAAACCCUUUUAUGUAAUCAAGGAAAUUGCUUGAAUAGUCCACACAACUUAUGCUUUUUUGAGAAUACCUCAAAGUGUUAAUUAAAAGACAGAGUUUAGAUUCCAUCCGCUGUUGACUGAGUUUAUUCAGCACAGUAAUGAAUUUAAUAUGAGCCAAAGAGGCUUUAGUGAAUUGAAUUACGUGCCCUUGCUAACUAUGAAGCCAGCUUUCAUCAUCAAGAUGCUCCUUUUGUACCCAAAGGGCUACAGUGUUGGCUUUUGCCUUUAUAAACUUCAUGAUGUCAAUGCCUUUGUGCAUAUUCCACUGGUUGAUGUUUUUAGUGGUUCACAAAAAAGAUUGAGUAUUAAUAUAUUAGAAUGUGUGUUCUAAUGUGCCUGAAUACACGCAUGCGUCCAAGUGAGGCAAUGUUCAUGUAGGUGUGGUGAAUGUGUGCAAUUUCUGAAUGUGUUCCAGUUAUUGUCAGUUGUAUGUCAGAUUGUUGCUUGUUUGAAUUCUGUUUUACCUUUCGUCUUGUCCGAUAUCCACCUCUCCCACAAUCGCAUAUGCUUUUAUUCCAUGUUAUUCUGCACAGCCAUCAAAUUGAAGAUGGGACAUGUUUUUAGGUUCCAUGUUCUGAUGGAUGAACCUGCAAGUAGAGAGAGUGUCAAUCUGUUGUGUGUUAUGUUGUGUAAUGGCACUGACAGAGUGUGAUGUGUAUGAUGUCACUGAUAGAUGGACUCAUGGACAGAAGUCUUGGGGUAAAGUCUCUGAUGACGUGACUGAUAAUUGAACUGUUGAUGAUGAGUUCUAUGACAGGAACAUGUCAUAAAAUGAUGUCAAAAACAGCCUUUUCCAUAGUAAGAUGCAGAAAGAUGUGAGUUAUUAAGAACUGACCAAGUAUAUUACGUACUGAGUCUAAUAUUUUAGUAUUUAGCAGCUACCACAAUAUAGUAAAAUAAAAGAGCAGAAAUUGCUCAUUGAGUGUGUAGCAUGACUGCAGCUAUUCAAGAACAUUUAAUGCAGCUAAUUUAACUUGUUUGAGAGUGAAGAAGCGGGUGAUAGAAUCUUACAUUGAGAGCAAUGGUACUUACACUGAGGAAAGCCAAGAGCUGGCAUAACAGUGAGGAAACAACAAAGAUGAGGUCACCCCCAGGCACGACCAGGCUUGGACAUAUAAUCCAUCAGCUCUCAGCCUACAGUUUCAAUGGAAAAACCCACUAAACCUCACUAAACCUCAUCAUUGAUCCUACUAAACUGUGAACCAAGUUUAUACUUUUAACACUGAAAAAAAUCUUUUUCUGCUCACCUCUAGACCAGCAAUGGAUUCUAAAAAGACUUGCAGAGGAUGCUUAUGUUUUGAAAAUUGUCAUUAUGGUUAGGGUCGGGGUUUGUUUUUGAGUCAGGAGUGAACAUGACUUGUGGGAAAAGUUUGACAGAAAAGUCUAAUUAGUGUCUCCCCUGUGCAGGCACUGCCGGGACACUCCUGCAUCUCAGUGUUGACAAUACUGAAAACUCAGCUCUUACUUUGACCUGAACUAGCACUCUGUACAUGUCCUGUUGCAGGGUCAGAUGAGCAAGAAUAUCUGACAUCUACUUACAACAUUAAACCAUAUGUAAAAAAAUGACUGAUGUUGAUGUAUUGUGGAAUUUAAAUAAACAAGUGUUAUUACCA